AUGGUGCCAUUAAAGAAACUAUUCCACACGGACAAGUCUCUUUCUCGUUCAGUAACCACCCCUGGACACGAGGACUGUGGAAUAGACCUACGCUAUUUUCAAACGGCGGUUGACUCGCCUACACGAAGUCCAUUUGAGGGUGGUUUCCCGUCCAGAAAUUCGCAGUCACUAGAUGUGGGUCAUCAUUUUGAUCAGAUCGAAAAGCACUUCGAAGAUCUACAUGAUAGACUGGAACGGCCGAUAUCUCCUCAACCCCAAUUGCAGCCUCUCAGCACUCAUUUCGCGCUCUCUAAAUCUCAAAAUGGCCGACAUAUCGACUUGAUGGAAGCUCUGUUCUCCACGGAUCCAACAACUACCCCGGAACCACUUUCUCCUCCUGCUAGUCUAUACAACGAAGAUGUUGCGGAACGAAACAUGACCCGGUUUAUACGGAUUCAGUACCGCAAUGGACUUGCUAGCUCUGGUAUACUUUCGGCCCUAUACCAAGAGGAUGUGGCCGACAGAAAUAUUGCAAAAUAUAGCGCACCUGCUCGCCCUUUGUCUCACUUAAGUUCUCGGUCAUCGCCAGCUGCGCCUGGUACGGUACGGAUUCCAGAAAGCCAACAGCGCAAAGACAGGAAGCGGGAACCAGGGAAGCCUAGCUGGACGUCGGCAGAAAAUCUACGGACACAGCCCUCGCCAGAUGAUGGCUCGGGUACUUCAUCUCCACGAUCACAGUCGCAGCUUGGCAAUCGCCUCAGACCCCAGAGAUCUGCGCCGAGCCUCUCUGCGGACGAAGGCGUUGUCCCACAAGGAAAUGCACCCCCAGCUCCUGUCUCGCGUUUGGGCGUUCCUCCUGCCUAUAAACAAGGCAAAAGGUGGAGCAACACUCCUCUGCCUGAUAGUCCUACAAUUCCUAUCCCUAUGGGUGAAAGUGACGGCACCGCGGAGGCGCCACGACCACCUGCUACAAUAGACCGCAGGACACAAGGAUCGCUUCCUCCGCCACAGUUAUCAGAAUUAGCCUCCAAAAAGAAUGCACGAGGACUUUCAAUCAAUACAAAAUUAGCUGCCAAAGGACGCCCAAAAAUUGCGCAUCGUGCCAUCCAGCCACCAACACCCUCAACUUACGAAUUGACGCAGGCACCUAGCAUCGCAGAGGUCAUGAACAGUCCUCUGCCUGUUCCCAGCCCAAUCAGUCCCCCAAAAUCAUCUCCACGCUUCAAACCCUCGGACGUGAUGGAAUUUUUCACCAAGGCUUAUAAGUCCGUUCAAAGCCCCCACACAACAUACGAGACACUGCAGGACGCCAUAGUCCGCGAGGUCAAUUCCCACGAGGCAUUCCGUCGAGUCCCCGUGCCCGCCCCGGGGCCUCCAUUCACGCCCUCAGCAGACCAAGCCGAAUUCAGCAACUGCUCCAGACCAGCAACGGGACUCCACCGAAGCGCUUCAGCGAAGAAACGGCUCAUGAACAGGAAUUCAUACAAGCACAAGAGGGCCCCCGAAACCCGCCGUAGCAUCUCAACAAGUGUCGGCUACGACCGCCUCCUACGAAAAGUCUCCGGCUCCCCCGCUCGCCGUCGACACACUGAUGCCCCACCCCCAACCCCAGGCUUCCUGGCCGAAUUCCAACCUCGCACAGAGCCCAUCAUCACCCGCCCUGGAUCCGGAGAGCCAAUCACGUAUCUGGAUGUACUGCACGCAAGCAGUGAGCAUCAACCUCUCUCAACCGGCGGCUGCGCAAGCCUCUCUGUACCUCGCAAACAAGGACGCUCGAAAUCUAUCGGCGACCUCUGCUUGGGCUCUAAUAUGCCUUUUGUCCCCGGGACAGUCUACUGUAUGCAAGCUCACUCGGCUCCUUCGAGUGAUUCCUCGCAUGAAGACAGCGACGAUGAUAUCAUUCAGCUUCCUAACCCGUGUCCCCCGCCGCGUGUGCAGAUUGAAUGUGUCGACGAGAAUAACGUCCGCUAUGUCAUUGAUACUGCUUCGCCGGAUGAGGCACACAAACUUAUGUACUGGCCUCACCAGGUUCGCCGCAAUGGUACCACCAGUCCUUACGGGAAUAGUCUGUCACCGUUGUCUCGCGCUCGCAUGCAGCUUCGUGGUUCGCGCUCGGUUGAGACUUACUAG